AUGAGAUUAAAUAAUUUACCGGAUGUUCUUUUUCCAAAUCCAAUUCAACACCCGAAUUACAAAAUCUCAUUUUUGGAGAAGGUUAAGGAAGAAAUUCUGAAUGUAUGCACAUGAAAAUGAUAAUAGAAUCAAUUCGUCAAUGAACCAAUGCGUAGGAGCAGAUAAAAUAUGACAAUACGUUCAUUUUAGAGAGGAUCAAUCAGAAUUAUCAGUGCGUCAAUUGCAACUUCUCAAAACAACACACAAACUAAUUUUAGAUCUGGGUCUUCGAAAUUCAGGAUGAUUAAGGAACAGUCUCUGAUGGAAGAAAUGGACGAAACAUUUUCUCGAACAAGGACACCAUCUCAUUUAGCAAGAAGAUUAAAAAAAGGAUUAACAAUGUUUGAAAAAUAGUUUUGA